AUGACAAUUUUAAAAUUAAGAACAGAGUUGGCAGCAACAAAUACUUCCACCACAUCCUCAUCUGCAAUCAACACCAUCACUAGCACUAAUGUUAACACCAAGAAGAUACAAGAAAAUGAAAAGAUAGUAAAGUCAAUGAAGGAGACCUCCACAAUUAUUGCUUUCUGUGAAAAAUUUCAUUCAUACUUGAAGGGAUUAGUAGAAUUUUGGCCAGAGGAAUUUGAACAUGCUCUUGCAGAGGAAGCUGAAAAUGCUCUUGUAGAAAAAAUUCAUUGUGUUUUUUUGGGAAAUUUUAUAAAUCAAAAAAAGGCUGUAAAAAUUUUGUCAGAAACUAUUGAUGAAAAAAUCAAUCAAUUCUAUCAAGAUUUCAAUCCUUUACGACGGGUUAACAAUUAUUAUGAACUCAAUAUUAAAGAUAAGGUGUUAAUACUAAAUACAUUGAUUACGUGGCAACUACAAGAAUCUGAUGUAAUACGAAAAGCCAUUGAAAUAGAAUAUAGAAAAGGAAAGAGGAAUCAAAAUAAUGAUUUAGAAGUUUUGCCAUUUGGCGAAGAUAAAAAGGGACGUAAAUAUUAUUAUUUUGGAAAAGGCGCGAGAGUUUACCGUGAAACCAUCAUUAAAAAUAAAAAUAAAGAUAAAACACAAUCAAAUACUAUUUGGGAAUCAAUUACUACUACACUUGAAGAAUUGGAAAGCUAUAUUAACGAUACCAACGAGUUAAAGAUAAGGGUUGGCAAGGAUAAACAACUUCGUAAUAUGAUUAUUAAUGAAAUUAUUCCAAAGAUAAAACAAGAUAUUGAAUCAAAAGAAAAAUUUAAUGCAAGAAAACUUCGUAAGGAACAACGUGUAAUAGCAAAUCUUGAUGCUACUAAUACAUUAAUAACAAACGAUCGUGAUAAUAAUGAUCACUAUGUUGCAUUAUCAAACCCCUAUAUGACGAGGUCUAAACGAGCUCAUGAAAAUGGUGGAACUAACACCAACAAUAUUAAUAAUGAUGUUAUCAAAACAUCAUCACAAUCUAUGAGCUACUCGAUCUCUACAAAUUCCACGAGCAGUGCAACUACAAAUACCACCAACACAACAACCACUACAGCUGCCACUACCAUUACUACUUCCAACACUGCUCCAACUUACAAAGAAGUAUUCGGAAGUGAUUCAGAAAUGGAUCUUUCAGAUUCUGAAGAUUAUGAUUUUUCAGACGAUAAUUAA